AUGCCACCAACCCAAGCAUCCAGCCACGAACAAGCCCUAAUCCAGGAGCUUUUCGCAGAGAACGUCAUCGCCAAGGUCCUCCGCGUGGCAGAGGAGGCACUUCAGAACAAUAGCCCACCAACCGUCUACCCCGAAUUCGUCCCCCAGCACGGCCCAGACAGCGGACGGUACUUCCUCCGGGACGCAAAUUUCUGGACAUGCGGGUUCUUCCCGGGAAUCCUGUACCUCCUCAGAGAACGCGCAGUCAAGUACCCACAGGCCUUCCCGUAUCUCGGCCAUGAGUGUCAAAUAAAAGCAGGUACAAAUGCCUCAUUCCUCCAGCAAUUAACAACCCUCUGCACCACCUGGACAGGCCCAAUCAAAGACAUGGCCACGCGCACCGACACCCACGACAUCGGCUUCAUCCUGACGCCCUCAUUCCGACGUGACUGGGAGUUAACCUCCAACCGCGAAAGCCUCGACAUCCUCCUCACAGGCGCCCGCAGUCUCGCCAGCCGCUUCGUGCCCUCCGUCGGCGCAAUCCGCAGCUGGGACGCGCUGCGCCAGGCGAACGUGGAUAUCACCAGUCUAGACGACGACUGUCUAGUUAUCGUUGACAGCAUGAUGAACCUCGACUUGCUUUACUAUGCGUCCGCCCAUUCUGGAACCCCCAAGCUGUCGGAUAUCGCGACGACGCAUGCGAGGACGGUCAUGAAGGCUCUUCUGCGACGUGAGUCACUACCAGAAACACAUGGUAGCGGGUUUGAAGGGCAGCUGUACUCAACCUACCACGUCGUCAACUUCUCGCCCCGCACCGGCGAAAUCAAGGAACAUCGCACGGCGCAGGGAUAUCAUCGGGACUCGACAUGGGCGCGCGGGCAGGCGUGGGCGAUCUAUGGAUUCGCCCAAACAUACGCCUGGACCAAAGACAGGGAGUUCCUGGAUGCUGCGAUCGGACUGGCGGAAUAUUUCAUCCACAGACUCGAGACAUCCCCGGACUGUGUGGAACGGCCGUCCCCUGAUAGAGCGGGGGCGAAGAUUGGGCGGUAUGUUCCACUCUGGGACUUUGAUGCGCCCAUCGAGAAGGACAAUCCACUGCGUGAUUCUUCGGCUGGCGUUAUCGCUGCGAAUGGGAUGCUGCUCCUCUCGCAGGCGCUGGCGGGGCCUUUGAUUGGGGACGCAGGGCUAGCUGGUCGCUAUCGUGGCUAUGCAUUCAGAAUUGUAACGGAUACGAUUGAGUUCUCGCUUGCGCGUGAGAGGGCAAGAUUGGUACAGGGUGAUGGUGAGUCUGCGUCUGGAGAUGCUCAAGUGCAAGUGCAGGAUGCCGUCGCUGGCCAACGCUUCGACGCGAUACUCAAGAAUGCGACUGCGAACCAUAACGCGCAGGACCAUGAUCGGUACAGUGACCAUGGCCUUGUGUAUGGGGAUUAUUAUCUUCUUGAGUUUGGGAAUCAGUUGUUGCGGAUGCGUCUGGUUUAG